AUGGAUCCUCUUAGCUCAUUAGCGAUAGCUGCGGCGGUAUUCCAAUUUCUGGACAUUGGUGGAAAGCUCCUUGUCAAGGGCUGGGGAUAUUAUAAAAAUAUGCGAGGGGAACUGCGAAAGGAAACACCUGACUAUGGGCAACUCAAUGAUGAAAAAAGGGAAUUAUUAAGAGCCUUUGAAGAUUUGUCGUCGCAAAUUUCCGGGAUCCAAGCCACUUCUGAAAAUAUGAUGGCUUCAGAGCUCGCAACACCUGCCAACGGACAAUCAUUGCGGCUAUUAUCCACAUGCACCAGCCUUUCUAGAGACCUUGAGAAGAUCAAAAAGAAGAUCAAUCCGCCGAGCAAGGAGAAGAUAAACUGCAAAGACCAUCUGCGGUAUCAUCCACAUGGAGAGGAAAGUUGUAAGGAAUGCCAAAAGAGGAAUGACGCAGAGAUCAUGGAAUUCAACAGAAAUGAAAAGAAUAUUGAGGAGAUUAGGAGGCGACUUGAGGCUCUCAGGCGCAAUGUAAUUGACUCUGUGAUCCUGGGCCUAUGGGAUGACUCAAAGCGUACUAAGCAAUGGGAAGUGCACUUUAGUAAUAAACUGGACAAGGUCGUUGGCUUACUCGAAAGGACCGAGAAAUUGGAAGAAGACUUUCAUCCGCAAUCGACAUCAUCAAACCAGGAGGCAUCAAUACAAGACCAAAUUCAUCAUUUGGUAGAUGAGGACGUGGCAAGACUGAGGAAAGCUCUAAGACCACUGAUUCAAACUGGAAAAGGGCCACUAUCGUUGAAGCAAUUGGCAAAAGACAUAAUUGGAUCCCUUGAUCUCGAGGUCGGGGCGUCGAUUGCGGUUCGCAAGGAACUUAUCGACUUUCUUCGGACGAAUGACUGGAAGCUGGAUAUUUCCAUGACUGAUGAAUCCUUGGUGAAGAUCAACCCUACCACGGUUGGUCGUGCUAUAGCCUCAGAUAUUCGUUUUAAUACCAUACAAUCACGCGAAGAGGCAAUUUCGGAUACCUCUGAAACGACAUAUUCUUGGAUUUUUGAGGACGAACCUCAAAAAGUCCAUGACAUACCUAUGUGGAAUAGCUUCCCUAAGUGGUUCGAAGAUGACUCAAAUAAAGUUUACUGGAUCACAGGCAAACCAGGCUCCGGCAAGUCAACCAUAAUGAAACUAAUAUUACAACAAAAGUCUUUUUGGGAUACACAAACCCAGUCUAGUGGGCCAUUGCGCCUUCUUCUUGUGAAGUACUACGCCUGGAAUCCCGGCAAUACUUUGCAAAAGUCUCUCGAAGGUCUCAAAAGGACAAUUUUGUCUCAGGUGCUGGAUCAAUGUCCUGAUUUGGCAUCAGUACUGACACCGAGACGCUGGGCGUUCUGUCAAGUGUUAAGAAGCACCUCAGGCAUUCCCGCGAACAUCAAACUCGCCUUAUUUAUCGAUGGGCUUGACGAGUUCGACAUGCAACCUACUGAAAUUAUCAAAUUCAUUCGUCAUAUAACGGCACAAUGUCAAAGCGGGCUUAAAGUAUGCGCAGCAAGUCGACCAUGGACAGAAUUUGAAGAUGAAUUUAAUGAAGGCCCAAUGCUGCAAAUGCACCUACUAACAGAACGAGACAUGAGAAUUUUUGUCACGGAAAGUUUUAAGAACAAUAAAGGUUUCAUUGAACAGAAACAAUUGAAUGCUGGAGCCGCUACUCAGCUUCUUACCGACAUAGUACAGAGGGCGAAUGGAGUUUUCAUUUGGGUUUCAAUAGUCGUGCAACAUUUGUUGGCUCUUUUACUUCAAGGGCAGUCAAUAUCUCAGGCUCGGCAAACUCUCAAAGCCCUCCCUUCGGACAUCUCGUCUCUGUACGAUAUCAUGUGGGCUAGCAUCAGUCCGAAAAAUCUCUUUGAUGCAUCUUAUAUGAUGCAAGUACUGAAUGCCGCUGAAGGUCCGUUGCCAUGGUUUACAAUGUGGCUGAUUGAAGAAUCGAGAUUUGCCUCGGUAAACAUCAAUGACCUUCCAGAUGAUGACAGCUGGAAAGACGUCGCUAUUAAAUCAUUGAAAAGAAAACUCGCAGCUCGAACAAAAUGCAUUUUGGAAAUUAACGCAGAUACAAGCGGUGGUUUUGUCGAUUUCAUCCACCGUACUGCGCGGGAUUGGGCAAUGCAACCUGAGAAUUGGCAGCUGAUAUGUUCAUCAAGCGCAGAAUUCGAUCCUCACUUAUGUAUUCUGAAAGCUGAGACUCUCAUUGUAUCCCACCAGGGGUUAGGCGAGCAAGGAGACUUUUGGGAUACAGUAGCGAGAGCUCUUUGGCAUGCAAGCGAGGUCAAAGACAGCCCUAAGAAUACGCUGGAUUUUGUUAAUUCACUGAACUCCUUUAAUGCUCAGGUUGAUAGGCUAUUCCAGACGACUUCAACCGGAUGGGCAAUGGUCGGCAAAUAUGCUAAUCAUUGGUCAGCUGGACAAGACAACAAGCAUCGGUGGCGCAUCCAAAAUACUUUUCUUGGGCUGGCUGCGCAGUUCUCUAUUCUACCAUAUAUUAAAGCUGUGACCCGGUCAGAUCGACGUCGUUUAGCUCAAACCUUUUCUCGAGAUUCUCUAGGUCUUCUCGAAAACGCGAUAUUUGGCUACUCUUUUUAUAUGCCGUUAGCUCUUUCCAAGAACGGCUUUCGCCCCCGAAUACCCUGUGGCCGGAGAUUGGCAACUGUGGAAUAUCUGUUGGAACAAGGCGUUCACCAAUCGACAGUGCACGCAAGAGAUGGCAGACAUGAUAUUAAAGAGGAGAUACAGAAUAUAUUGCAGGACGACACAUCGCAGGACGUUCUGGAAUACUAUUCUACAGUGAAAACGCACUUAGAUAAUCGAGACUUCAGAGCAAGUGCUAAAACUAUGGGACUACGCAUUAGAUAUUUUUUCAAAGGUGAAAAGCAUAGUUAA